GACCAGGGAGGUGAUCCAUUACAAGAGAUUUGCUAAACCGGCCAAUUGGUGUGCUUUGUUUUCUCAAGCCGUUUAGAAACCGGUGGCCAAUCUGACGGCUACUUUCCACUGGCACUUUGGCACAGCUUUUAAGAAAUGAGGCACACUCUUCUCUCCUGCUGUUCCAGUAUUAAGAACACAGAGGCCAGUUCUUCAAAAUGACCAUCCGAAGAAUGUACUCUUUUCCUGCCUUGAACCGACUUUGGGAUUAAGAAAAUCAUGGCAGCGAAUACUUUUAAUCCAGAUUAGGUUGAGCCAAAUGUGGCAGGACACUGAUGGCGAAGAGACAAGCAUGAGAGCAAAGAAACAGGUCAACCAACAUCAGUAAAAGAGGGAAACCACCAUUCUGUUGUGUGGCAGAAAACCUCAGGAUCCAUGCUGCUUUGCUAUUUUACUUCAAGCACACAAGAGAAGGCAAGGAACUCCACCUGCAAUUAAACUUCAGUGGUUUACCGGAGUAUGUUUCACCUCUUCACUUACUGCUGGUCUUGGCUGCAGGCGAUCCAAGAGCCAAUCAGGAAAGUGACCAUCCUUGUCCUUGGUUUAGACGGAGCCGGGAAAAGUUCCCUUGUAAAAGAAAUUCAACGAGUUCUCUCCUGCGAGGUGCUCCCCGCCACAAAGCCCAACCACACAGAGCUUAGAGUGGACCGGUUCGAAGUCUCCCUCAUUGACUUGGCUGGAGGACAAAAGUCCUGGAAGGACUACUACGGCUCGGCUCAUGGGAUCAUCUUUGUCCUCGACUCAGGUGACGCGGCUCGAAUGGAGGAGGCGAAGAAGACCCUCUCCCGGGUUCUGGGGCACUCAAAGGUUUCAGGAAAGCCUCUGUUACUCCUAGCAAACAAACAGGACAAAGCGGAUGCCCUCUUGCCCUGUGAGAUCAUUGAGUGCCUGUCUCUGGAGAAGCUGGCAAACGAAAACAAGUCGCUGUGUCGGAUCGAGCCCUGCUCAGCGAUCAAAAGGCUUCCCAAAAUCCAGUGUUGGACCAUUGUGCAAGGGCUUCACUGGCUCUUGCAAAACAUUGCCUUGCACUAUGGGGCCCUCUGUGGCCGCAUCCAAGAAGACAAUCCUCAGCAACAAGCCUCAGCAGAACAGGAGGGGUCCCGGAAGACACACAGGACGCGGAACAGGACACAAGAAGCCAGGGAGUCACGUCCCAGAAAAGAGAGCAAACAGGAAGGAAAUCCCAAGACGCUGGAAGGCAAACCCACAGAACCGAUGCCAGAUGUGUGUUCACAGGGGGCUGCACAAAAGGAGGAAAGAGCAACGGCAUCCAGGAAGCGGAAAGGGAGACUCAAGCAGAAGGUGAAGAAGAAGAGCUCCUUGCAAUCGGAGAGCACCAUUGUGGCUGAAGACGAAGGGGGCAAAGCGGCCACAGGGAAGAGCGGCACAGGAGCCACCCCUGGCCUCCUCCACAGCAACAAGGUGGCCCAAGGGAAGCCCAGGGCUCUGGAAACACCUCCACCCCCAGCAGGACAACGGACAAAGAGGAAAAACAAAAUUCUGAAAAAUAAAAUCAAAAGUGAAGAAACAUUGCCAUCUCAGACAAAUGAGAACACAACAAGUACUUUUGAUUUGUAUCGGAGAGCCAUGAUGGCCCUGAAAAUGCAAAAAGGGACUCCGAAGGCCCCCUCCAUAGCCAGUUCCUGAUCUAGUUAUCCCCUUGAAGGCAGGGAAUUGGAAAUAGAAUGAGUGAAGGAAAAUGAGACUCUGUGACAUUGGGUUUGAGUCCUGGUUCCACCAUAUUGCAGUAUGACUUCCAUGAGGGAGACGUUGCCAUCAGCCUUAAAGGCUUGAAAAUCUAGUCUCGAAAGAUGGCUCUGAGCAGGCUUGCUUUCAUGGAAGAAGCAUCUGGCAUUGUCUUCGAGAACGUUUGCGAGAUCACCGUUGAGAAUGGAAGAAGAAGAGCCAUGUUCACAAAAGGACAACUUCUAUGAAACUGGAAUUCUGUUCUCCUGGAAAGUCACCCAAGUCUUUGCCAUCGUGCAAUUUCCAGAAGCAGCGUUUAUUAUCUACAGUGGUUGCCACACGUGUUAAAUUGUACACUUGUCUAAAU